GGCUGGUCAGUGCCCAUUGCUUCGCGCUUUGUUCUGACGGCGCCCAACGUGUGGACGGCCAACUCAGCACUGCCUGCAGGUGGGCAGAGGCAGUCGAUUCUCACACAGUUUGAGGGUCCGGAGUUCAACCUGAAUGCCAGCAGCAGCUACAUCGCCGACAGCGGCCUGGGCCCUGCGGUGGUCUCAGUGAUGACUGCUGGCGGCCACGAAAGGCUCCACGGCUACAAGUUCUUCGCCCAGGCCACUGCAGUGUGUCCCGAGCCAUCGCAGGAGAUUGCACUGGCGCCGCAGGAGAGCGCCAGCUGGGAACAGAGGUUGGUGUUCUCGCUUCACGGUCCCUCUUCUGCCAUCUCCAAGUUCUUCACCGGUGUCAACAGCCCCAGCGGCGAGGACAGUCAGUGCAUAACGGAACCGAUGUCGAAGCAUCAGCGCGGGGUGGCAAAACAGGCGGCCACGAGUCUCCAUCAAUGCAUGGCUCAGUGCCUCCUCUAUUUGAAGUGUCAAGGUGUGCAGUACCAUGCAAAUACCCAGGCCUGCGACCUCAUGGCCCCAGAUGUCAUUAGCUCUGCCAAAGCGAAGCAGGGUUACUAUUGCCUGACGCUGGACAUCCCUGAUGGCCAGCCUGCUGCAUCGCGGCCUUUUGCGUCGGACGCUCUGCAGGCGCCGAUGGGUCGGCUGCAGUUCGUGGCAGAGCUUAAGAUUCCAAACUCUGUGAAGAUCAUUGGGAAGCAAGCUUUCCUGGGUUGCAGUUCUUUGAGGAGCUUGACGAUUGGAAAAUAUGUGAUUAUUAUUUUGAAGUAUGCCUUUUACGGCUGCAGAGCGUUGAAGAGCUUGACGAUUCCAAAAUCUGUGAAGACCAUUGCGAACUCUGCCUUUGAGGGCUGCAGUUCGUUGGAGAGCUUGACGAUUCCAAACUCUGUGGCUGACAUAUGGAAAUCUGCUUUCAAGGGUUGCAGUUCGUUGAAGAACUUGACGAUUCCAAACUCUGUGACAAACAUCGAAGACUCUGCUUUUGCGGGUUGCAGUUCGUUGGAGAGCUUGACGAUUCCAAACUCUGUGACUUCCAUUGGGGACUCUGCUUUCAAGGGUUGCAGUUCGUUGAAAAGCUUGACGAUUCCAUACUCGGUGACAAACAUUGGGGACUCUGCUUUUGAGGGCUGCAGUUCGUUGGAGAGCUUGACGAUUCCAAACACUGUGACUUCCAUUGGGGACUCUGCUUUCAAGGGUUGCAGUUCGUUGGAGAGCUUGACUAUUCCAAACUCUGUGGCUGACAUUGCGAACUCUGCCUUUGAGGGUUGCAGUUCGUUGGAGAGCUUGACGAUUCCAAACUCUGUGACUUCCACUGGGGACUCUGCUUUCAAGGGUUGCAGUUCGUUGAAAAGCUUGACGAUUCCAUACUCGGUGACAAACAUUGGGGACUCUGCUUUUGAGGGCUGCAGUUCGUUGGAGAGCUUGACGAUUCCAAACUCUGUGACUUCCAUUGGGGACUCUGCUUUCAAGGGUUGCAGUUCGUUGGAGAGCUUGACUAUUCCAAACUCUGUGGCUGACAUUGCGAACUCUGCCUUUGAGGGUUGCAGUUCGUUGGAGAGCUUGACGAUUCCAGACUCUGUGACGGAUAUUGAGAAUUAUGCCUUUGAGGGUUGCAGUUCGUUGGAGAGCCUGACUAUUCCAAACUCUGUGACUUCCAUUGGGGACUCUGCUUUCAAGGGUUGCAGUUUGACUAUUCCAAACUCUGUGGCUGACAUUGCGAACUCUGCCUUUGAGGGUUGCAAUUCGUUGGAGAGCUUGACGAUUCCAAACUCUGUGACUUCCAUUGGGGACUCUGCUUUCAAGGGUUGCAGUUUGUUGAAGAACUUGACGAUUCCAAACUCUGUGACGUCCAUUGCGUUAUUUGCCUUUGCGAGUUGCAGUUCGUUGGAGAGCUUGACGAUUCCAAACUCUGUGAUUUCCAUUGGGGACUCUGCUUUUGUGGGUUGCAGUUCGUUGAAAAGCUUGACGAUUCCAACUUCUGUGACGGAGAUUGGCUGUUUGUCUUUUGCUUAUUGUCAUUCAUUAGUCAACUUGUUUCUUCCAGACUCAGUGACUUUAAUUGGUGACGCUGCUUUCUGUCAUUGCGCUUCGUUGCUGAAUUUGAGGAUGUCUAACUCUGUCAGAUGCAUUCCUGUCUGGGCUUUCUUUGGUUGCACUUCGUUGCAGACGUUAACGAUUCCAAACACCCUGACGCACAUUGGUGCCUGUGCUUUUGAUGGUUGCAGAUCGUUGGGGACCUUGACGAUUCCAGACUCUGUGACGUUUAUUGGGAUUCGUGCUUUUGAGGGUUUCAGGGCAGCAGACUGCAGGGGAGAUUAA